AGAGGGAGAGAGAGAGACGCAAAGAGAGAGAGAGAGAGAGAGAGAGAGAGAGAGAGAGAGAGAGAGAGAGAGAGAGAGAGAGAGAGCGAGCGAGCGAGCGAGAGAGAGAGCGAGCGAGAGAGAGAGAGAGAGAGAGAGAGAGAGAGAGAGAGAGAGAGCGAGCGAGAGAGAGAGAGAGAGAGAGAGAGAGAGAGAGCGAGAGCGAGAGAGAGAGAGAGAGAGAGAGAGAGAGAGAGAGAGAGAGAGAGAGAGAGAGAGAGACAGAGAGAGAGAGGGAGAGAGGAGAUAGAUAGAAAGAUAGAUAGAUAGAUAGAUAGAUAGAUAAAUAGAUAGAUAGAUAGAUAUAGAUAGAGAGAGCCAUGGUAAAAUUCACAAGAACUUUCUCCAGUUUCCGCUGCUCUCUCCUCCUCGUACUAAUUUUAUCAGCCAUGCUUAUGAUUCUGCAUUCGAAGUACCUCCGUCCCGGCCCGGUCUCCUUGACCAGCGCCCUCGUGCUUACCGUGCCAGAACCCACAACUUUACAACCGAGUCUCCGUCAGGAUGAAAACGUCUCCUCCGGCCGACUGUCUCCCAGCUUCGAAAUCCACAAAAUCAGCGAAGUGGGUGAACAACUGCUUCAUAACAACAUGAACGCUUCUUCCACUGCAGUUAAUUUCGAGACACUAGUGGCACAAAGGUUCAAAGACAGACGAGAACAUCUUGAAGAACAAUGUUCAGCUCUCAGGGAAAUCUUGCCAAUCCAAGUUCGACGUCUUUUCAUGAACGCGCUCUUCUUCGUGAAAAAGUAUAACUUCUUCACCUGUAUCACGCCGAAGGUCGGCUCCUCCACCUGGAAAGUACAUCUGCUGAGAAUGAAGGGGUUUUCUUCAAAGAUACGGGACCCUCACGACUUCAAUCAACACAUUGCGCUUAAGUUCAGAAAAGAAAAGCCGGAGGAAUUGUUACGGUCCAAAAGAGUAACGAAAGUUGUGACGGUCCGACACCCGCUGUCCCGCCUCCUGUCCGCCUUCCGGAACAAGCUCGGAGGAGGCGCCGUCCUCACGCCCGACCCCGCCACGUUCCGCUUCAUGCGCUCCGUCCUUAGGCACUUGGGCGCGCGCGCGGCCCCGGGCAAGCCGGCCUCCGUCUCUUUCCUCGACUUCAUGAAGUUCGUUGUCUUCCAGGUGGACAGCGGGAAAAGGGUCAACGAGCACUGGCGGCCUUACUCCUGGAACUGCCAGCCGUGCGGCGCCUCCUACGACUACAUCGUCAAAAUGGAGACCUUCGACGACGACCUCCACUUCCUCGCCAAAGCCACGGGCAUCAGGGAGCUCAGCGCGAACAUCCGGAAGAACCAGAGUCCGGCCAGCGAACAGGACACCGAGGAUUUCGGCAAAUACUUCGAGGAUUUCCCCGAACACUUGCUGAGGGACGUUUACAGGAUCUAUGGCUACGAUUUCAUGCUUUUUGGUUACGAAAUUCCCAGUUUUUUGUUGAAGGUUGUGGAUGCUUAAAGGGAGAGAGAGAGAGAGAGAGAGAGA